AUGACUGCAGUGAUCAGCAUCUACAGUAGCGAUGAUGAGGAUGAAGAUACCGAGGUUUACGAUCAUGACUAUGAUGGUCUGUUGGCCAAGGGUGGAAAACGUCAUUUAGGAAAAACCAGGUGGACCCGGGAAGAGGAUGAGAAGCUAAAGCAACUUGUGGAGCAGAAUGGCACAGAAGAUUGGAAAGUUAUUGCCAAUUUCCUUCCUAAUCGGACAGAUGUGCAGUGCCAGCAUCGGUGGCAAAAGGUACUAAAUCCAGAGCUUAUCAAGGGCCCAUGGACGAAAGAAGAAGAUCAACGGGUGAUAGAGCUCGUGCAGAAAUAUGGCCCCAAGCGCUGGUCUGUCAUCGCCAAACACUUGAAAGGAAGGAUCGGGAAACAAUGCAGGGAGCGGUGGCAUAACCAUUUGAAUCCAGAAGUUAAAAAAACCUCCUGGACAGAAGAAGAAGAUAGAAUAAUUUACCAGGCGCACAAGAGGCUGGGAAACAGAUGGGCAGAAAUUGCAAAGUUGCUGCCUGGACGAACUGAUAAUGCUAUCAAGAACCACUGGAAUUCUACAAUGCGUCGAAAAGUUGAACAAGAAGGUUAUCUUCAGGAGUCCUCAAAAGCCAGCCAACCUUCAGUAGCUGCCAGUUUCCCGAAGACUAACCAUUUAGUGGGCUACACUCCCACUCCGCCUUCUGUGCAGCUGCCGACAGCCACUCAGACCACACCUACCAGUGACUACUCCUAUUAUCAUAUUUCUGAGACGCAAAAUGUCUCUGCUCAUAUCCCAUAUCCAGUAGCACUGCAUGUAAAUAUUGUUAAUGUUCCCCAGCCAGCUGCUGCAGCUAUUCAGAGACACUAUAAUGAUGAAGACCCUGAGAAAGAAAAGCGAAUAAAGGAAUUAGAGUUGCUACUAAUGUCGACUGAGAAUGAACUGAAAGGGCAGCAGGCAUUACCAACACAGAACCACACAUCAGAUUACCCAGGGUGGCACAGCACCGCAAUUGUGGACAAUACCAGAAGUAGUGGUAACAGUGCACCCAUUUCCUCUUUGGGGGAGCAUCAUCAUUGCACUCCAUCUCCACCUGUGGACGAUGGCUGCUUGCCUGAAGAAAGUGCCUCCCCUGCACGGUGCAUGAUCGUCCACCAGAGUAACUUCUUGGAUAAUGUUAAGAAUCUCUUAGAAUUUGCAGAAACACUUCAGUUAAUAGAUUCCUUUUUGAACACCUCAUCCAGCCAAGAAAGUCUAGACUUAGCCAAUCCCACUCUAACUUCCACUCCGCUUUGUACUCAUAAAGUCACAGUUACGACACCACUUUACAGAGACCAAGCAUUUAAGGCACAGAAGGAAAAUAACAUUUUCAGAACUCCAGCUAUCAAAAGAUCAAUAUUGGAGAGUUCUCCAAGAACACCCACUCCAUUUAAAAAUGCACUUGCAGCUCAAGAAUUCAAAUAUGGACCCUUAAAGAUGCUGCCUCCAACUCCAAGUCAUCUUGUAGAUGACCUGCAGGAUGUUAUCAAACAAGAGUCUGAUGAAUCAGGCAUUGUCUCUGGCCUACGUGAAAGUGGAUCCCCUUUGCUGAAGAAAAUUAAGCAGGAGGUGGAGUCGCCAACAGGCAAAGCUGGAAACGUCUUCUGCUCAAACCGUUGGGAAGGGGAAGGUCUGAAUACACAGCUUUUCACAUAUACAUCAGGUGUGGAAGAUGUACCGAAUCUGCUUACCAGUUCUGGUUUAAAGAUGCCUCCGUCAGAAGAAGAGGAGAAUGCCCAUAAAUUAUUUGCUUUGCAUAGAAAUAGAUCAUCAGGUAGCCCACUUCAGCAUUUCAGCAGUGCAUGGGAUUCAGCAUCCUGUGGAAAGACAGAAGACCAGCUGACCUUCUCUGAUCCGGGACGCAAAUACAUGAAUGCAUUCUCAACUCAAACUCUGGUCAUGUAAAUGGUCUUCCAGCGAGCAUUACGUUUUCUUUUCAAAACACUUCCAGUUGAUUUAGGAUUUACCAUUCCUGUAUAGGAAACCUUUUUUGUGAAUGGGAGAAAAGCCUUUUUUGUUGUUGUUGUUGUUGUUGUGGUACAACAUUUGGGAGCAGCACAAAGUGCAUAUAGUCACAAAAGCAUAUAUCUAUUCAAGUUGGAUUUCACCCAACUUAAAAAACCC